AUGGUGAGUAAACCAACAAUUUAUGACAAAGCUCAAGAAGAUUUGCAUGCAGUGGACGUCUACCGCGACACCGCAGUACGAUUUUUUGGCUAUGCAAAUGAAGUUGGCGAAGCGUUUCGUGCUUGGGUACCGAUAAAUAUAGUGCGCCUAUCAUAUGUCGUUGCAAUGGGUUACGUUUUUUCCGAUACAGCUGAUAAAAGUCGAAAAACUUAUCAGUUAAAUUAUCUAAACAGUAAGGAACGAUCUCAAGCCGUUGCUUUUCGAGCUAUCGAUACCUUAAUCUGGCAAAGUUUGGCAUCUGUUGUCAUCCCAGGAAUUAUGAUCAACCGUGUUUGUUAUUUAUCCACUAAAUUGCUUAGCUGGUCAACAAGGUGGCCAUUGAAAGUACAAAAACUGACGUCAACAAUACUGGGCCUAUGUGCUAUCCCAUUCAUUGUGAAACCUAUUGAUACAGCCGUUGAAAUUGGAAUGCAGUCUUCAUUAAGGAAAUUCUAUUCGGCGGAAAUUUUCGAAAAGUAA